AUGGUAUAUAUGGUAUAGAUGAAAGGAACCGAGACAUGCAAUCUUGAACUAAUUUGUCAUAAAGUUAUCAUUAGAAUUUACUCAACAGUUCAAUUCAUCAUGCCAUUAUGAUCUGGUGUUAAUUUGUUAAAUUACGACUUUGUGAUUGAACAAAGGCAUUGUAAAUUUGACAACCAUGGAAAAACAAUUUUUUUUUGCAAAUUCCAGAUUAACCUUCGGAUAAUAGAGCAGUCCUCUUUCUUUUUGCCUUCUUUCCUUGCAGUAACAUGACCAAAAUAGUCAUACAUGCAUAGAUUGUGGGGAUAUCUCUUUAUCCCCGAGCCAACGGCGCGGAGCGCCGUUCCAGGCGUAAGCCCGGGGCGAGGGUACUAGUUCCCCCCGGCUAUUUACACCCGGGGAAACGAAAGCAUUAGCGAAGUCUAAAGUUCAUCAAUGAUCGCGGGCGCUCACCAACGAUGUUGAGUGGGUGGUUAUCCCAAUGGGUCAUCCUCACUGAUCUCAACAAUAUGGCUGAUUGCUUGUAGGAGUGGGAUAAGCAAGAUUUCAAUUUUAAAAGACAUAUAUUUGGAAAAUCGUUUCAUAUACAACAAGCUUGAAGCAAUUUUGUUUGAAAUGAGAAGAAUUGAUUUACUAUGGGAAAUCGUGAAAUAUACGGCAAGUUUGCUUUGAAUAUUUAAUGUUUACGCAUUUUGUUGCUUAAUAAACUUUUUGUCUAAAAACAUGAACGGUUUUCCUUUUUAACGAAGCUCUAAGUUUCAUAAAUUACAGUUUAAUUUGAGAAAAAAUCUUAAAAUGUAAAGGAAAACAAAUUGAUUUGAAGACUGAACUGAAAUUACCUAACAAUUUGUUUUAUUUGUAUUAAACUUAUUAUGUUUUAUUAAGUAGAAACAGUUUAUCGACAAAUGUAGUUUAGUUGAAUGAACAUUUAAAAACAUUUUACGAAGCAUUUCAAGUUAAAUUUUACAUUAAAUCAAAGCUCACAAAAUGCAAAAUAACAUACCUACAGUAUAUAUUUCGGAAAUUUAUUGUUGUAUAGUUAAAAGUACGAAUCUUUCAACUGUUUUGCAGUUUUGUACAAAAAAUAUGAAAAAAUUAAAAAUUUAAGAAUAUCGUGUUGUCAACUUGUCAUGGCAACAGUUGUGCGCGAGCCUGCGUUCAGUGUUGGCCAUUUCUGAAUACUUCAUGUUAAUUUAGUGUUUGGAAAAUUUUGGCGAGGGGUUAUACUGCAUGCAUGUAUUUCUAGUAGAAUAACUACAGUAAAACGCGCAAUUUGAUUGGUCAGUACCCGUGCAGGGUCAAACAAUCAUGUACGGAAAAUUUAAAUGCCUUCGCGCGGGCUUUUUAAAAUGUCGUAUAAUGAAAACAUCAUGAAGUUAAUUGUAUAUUAAGCGAGAGACAAGUUAGUUUACCCACUCAUUCAAAGUUGUCUCCAACUUUGAUUAACGUGGCUAGAAAACAAUGUUUAGCUACCUUCAAGAAAUAUGUCUAGGCGGCCACAUUGUUUCCUACUUUACUGACCUUGGGGGAUCAUUGCUAUAGGAAAUAAUGCUAAACCUUUCAAAAUUUAAUUUGAAGUGACAUUUGUACUUCAUUUUUCAUUACAGUACGACCUUAUUUGCGAUGACUCCAUUCUUCUAUCUAUCGCUCAAUCAUGUUUCUGGGUUGGAAUGUUGGUUUCCUUGUUGGUUGGCGGUUUUAUCUCAGAUCGUUUUGGCAGAAGAAUUGUUUGGUAUUGCGGUGGUGUUCUUGUCCUCCUUGGUACUUGGAUUAUGAUAUUUCCAAAAUCCUUCGUGGUGUUUAUUGUUUGCCGCGUUUUCGUUGGGAUCGGUUCAGGUAUAUAGCCACUGAUCUGUAAAUAAAAAUGAGCCUCUUUUACUUCCCGCACCUCUUUUAAUGAGUUUUGGACGAUUUUAUAAGCACUGGCCAAGAGGAUGUGAGGCGGCCUAAUUUGAGUUGAGUUGAGUUUAGUUUUAGUUGAGUUGUAGAGUUGUUAAGCACUGGCCAAGAAGACUUGAGGCGGCCUAAUUUGAUGUUACACUGACAAACUUAGGGAGAAAGGGUGUUGAUGACCAAUAGCUGUCCAGACAGUAUAAUUAUUCUCAUUUCCAUUAAUAACCUGGGGCCGGUUGUUCAAAUUUCAAAACUCAGUUAGUGGAAACCCUGAGUUAAAUUUAUUCAGCUGUUCUAUUUGCGGUGUAUUUCUGCGCUUAUACCUAAUUAUCAAUCUACAACUUUAGAAAUUGAAACUUCAAUGAUCCACACAUUAUUUUGGGAAAAUUAUUUCCAGGUUUAUAAACAAGUGGCUGGGAAGUUUGAUUUGAAGUUUUUCGUUAACCAUGGCCAUGGAUUAAGCUAACCUGCAUUCGAAAAAUUGGCCCCUGGAUUUGUGAGAGGUCCUUACAAACAACAGCACCCUAGAUUCACCUAAAUCUUUCUAAUAUGGCAUACACUGUAAAAACAGAUUGGUUAAAAUAACUAAUUUGAAUUGGUUGUCUCAGGUGCAUUUAUUUGACCAAUAUUUUAUUAGUUUAAACUACCACAAAUUGGGUCAUUUUAACCAAUUUUUCCAUUGCUUUGAACAAAUAAUAUUGGUCAAAAGAAAAUGCAUCUGAGACAAUCAAUUCAAAUGGUUAUUUUAACAAACACAUUUUUACUGUGUAUGCAUUGGGUUUAUUAGUCUAUGGUAGAUGCAUGAAUUAUCCAAUGGAGUCCAGUUUUUAUACCUACAGAGAUCUACGUUUCCACAGGGUUUCGAAAUUGCACUAGUUUUCCCAUGCUUACGGAAUUCACAGCUGGAAAAUAUCGUUCAUGGUUGGGGAUUGGAUCCUUCAUAUUUUGGGCUGUGGGAAUAUCGAUACUGCCCCUGAUUGGAUACUUAAUUCCUGCGUGGAGAAUGUUCUUGCUUGUGACAGCUAUCGCUGCAAUCCCUGUUCUCUUUUACUGGUGGUAAGUUUGGAUAUUUUGUACGUUUGUAAAUUUGCAUUGCCUGCGCAACAGGAUCUAUACACGCUUUUAAUAAAUCAAAAUUCCUCUAUCCAAAAUCCGCAAUUCACUUCAUUUUUGCGGCUAGCCCGUUCGCGGGCUAGCCACUAUUUAAUGCUAAAAGUGUAAGAGUUGUGAAGUUGUGACGAAAAUUGUCGACUUUACUUCGGAAACUGUCGUUCAUAUGGCAUGACCUGGGCAUGACUCAUGAGGCGACGAUAUUAAAUGCCACAGAAAAGGUAUCUUAACGCCUUUAAUACUGGCAGAUCAUACUCACUUAGCAAAAUUACAGUUGGCAACGCUGGUAGAAAUACUCGAAGGAGUUGUUCACAGCAAACGGUAAGUUAAUUUUUGUUAUUUCAAUCGAUAUUUAUGUUUAUAAUUUGUGAAUCUGUCAUUUUAUAAUUAUAAAAACAUUGCUAUUCAUAUCUGCUCUGGACCCUGCUUCUGGUCAGAGAGAUUUUGAUCACGCUUCAUAUAAAGCUUUAUAGUGGGUUUAUAAUCCUGUAUAUAAUCAAACGUGCUUGCAUAGAUCUUGAAUUUUAAUAUUCCAUUAUGCGGGUAAGUUAAGAAGCAGGCCCAUUGCUGGCAUAUUAUACUACAAUUGCCCUGUCAACUUGCAGGUAUAUAAAACUACAAUUAAGGUUACAGGCACCCUUUUUGGCGUUUUGUGGAAAAUCGCUACUGCGCGCUCAAAAUCAGUCCGAUUUUCAUCAAAUUUUCACCAAAUGUUAGCCAGUGCAUGCAAAAUAUGAUAAAGUUGUAAAAUUGACAAACAAUAAAAUAAUGUAAGAAUUAUUCAAGAAAAUAUUAAGUCGCGGUACCUUUACGCUUUUGAGUUAUGUUCCUGCUGGUUUUACGAUAUAUUUAUGAAAAUAUCAUUUUUAUACAGUAAAAUAGUUGUUCUAAAAAAUUAUGUUCGGAAAUUUUUGUUUACUUCGUCAUUCCGCUGAUAUGGCGAUUUCUUUGACGACUGCAAUAUAUUUCUGAAUUGUUUGUGUGAAUUGCUCCUUAUUAUUAAAAUAUCCAAAAUUAGAACAAAGCCGAACACACUUUUGAAACUGACGUCUUUAGCUAUGUCCUGUGAAAAUUUGAGAAAAAUUCGUUAAAACCCGCUGGAGCACAACUCGUUUAAAAAUCAGUAAUUGGCGUAAAAUUCUUCGCGAGAAAAUUGAAUUUGAAUAUUACAUUUUCAAUGUUUUUCUUAUUGCAAGCGAAAUGUAUUUUAUUAAAUAACUCUGCGAGUUUUCAACAUUUUUCGUCCAAACUUGGUCAGAUAGUAGAACUAGUCUAAUGCUUUCAUGGAAACCAAUAAAAAAAUUUAGGCAAAAUUAACACUCAAAGGUGUUCUGCAACCUUAACACAGAAAACAGGCUGGACUAUUUUAUACUACUAUAGUUUAUAGUAGUCACUGACAUCACUCUAACUGCCAGGGCCGUAUAGCUAGACCGAUAAUUGGGGGUAUAUUCAUAUUCAUCCCGGCGGAUUUCUUUUGAAAGCUAUUGUUUUUACGGUAUGUGAACAUGAAAUGAAUAUGCUACGGCCCUGCUAACUGCAAAUUAAUGGGUGAUAUUGUUGAGAUCUAUUGUUCAAGGAUUGUGCAAUAGAAGCUCAGUCUGUUUACGUAAAGUUGAAGGAUCUUGUAGAUGGAAAUAAUUGAGUGAAAAUGUAUUUACAUUCAUUAGACCCAAACAGGAACAGCUGCGAAAAAUGCAACUGUAGGUGCAGUUUAUUUUUGGAUAUCUGGUCCAGAUGUAAAUAAUAUCUGAUCUAAGAUGAGCAGGGACGUAGCGAUAGGGGGUGCGGGAAUGUAAACCCCACAACUGUGAAACUCAGGCAAUAUUCAAGUUUAAAUUUUGACAUUUUCAGGUAAAAUUUGCGUAAUAAAGUCGUUAUUUUUGUGAAAUGAUAACCAUUUUUGUAAAAUACAAUCAAUUUUGAUCGAUCCAAUUCGUUUGCGAAUUUGCUUUAGAAAACACCACAAAUGCAGUUCUGGAGCUUCAAAAAUGUAAAACUUUUCUGGGGGAGGACCCACACACCACAUCCCCUUUUCUUAGGAAACUUAGUAUGACAGUGGAAAUCAAUCAGAAAAAGCUCUAUUAUAAUUAUUACGCUUCAGGUAGAUUGUUAACAUUGAAGUUCAGAUUUCAGGUAAAAUCCUCCGACAACCCCCGAACUUCAGAUGCUUUGCUACGUCCCUGAAGAUCAGUGCAAUUACCAUACAACACUGACCCUUGCAGUUGUGAGGGUAUAUGAAAAAGCAAACCAACAGCCAUUGUGCUGAGAUCAUAUCGGCAACCUUUCUUUUCAGGCAUUGAACAGCAGUAUUAAAUUAAAAACUUUUUUUUUAAUUCAUUAAAUUUAAAUACCUGCAUUAUUUACGAUAUUUCAGUCUUGUGAUCUGCCAGUAAAUAGACCUUAUUCAUAACUCGCAAUCGCGGACUUGUAUCCUAGGAGACGGGAAUAAACGCGGGAAAACAAGCGAAGACUACUUGACAAGCCAAACUCACUGACAGGUGCUAUUGUGUCGACUUUAACGGCUUGUUUCUUGUUGCUUAUUUCGAUUUUUGUGUGUAUAUUUUAAGACUUUGUGCCUACAACGAAAGCUGCAAAGGAAUUUAUUAUAAAAACGACCGGUUUUUCGUUUUUUGUAGCGAAUAUGACAAUGUAGCGAUGGUGUUUUUCCAGACGCAAAAAACAGUAUUUACUGAGAUUUUAACGUCAAUAUAUAAGUUAUUCCGUGAAAAAUAGAGACAACUAUGGAAUGGAAUGGAAGUAUAAUUAUUGGAAUUUGACAUUAAUAUGAAAGAAAACAAGAGGUCAAAAAUCACAAGAGAACAGGGCGCGAAAUAACAGCCGGUCAACGGACAAUGUCCGGCCAGAAUACGGAGUUGUCCGGUCAAAUUCUUACCUUGCCGGUCAUUUUGACCGGUCACUUUCGGUAAAAGAACAAACUAAUCUUCAUUUUAAUUAAUAAUCAAAAUAAAGUUAAGUACAGUAUUAUAAUUAAGAACCAUAACAUGCAUGUUGUCGAAUAUUUUGCGGGAAAAGAACUUUAAUGUACACCAGUUUUCCCGCGCGGUACGUCACAAAGCCCAUGGCCAUGCUUUUAAGAGUUAAAGCCAUGCGUUUAGUGCAGUGCAAGCUGUUUUAUGUUUUUAAUUACUGAUUACAGUAGGGCUUUUUGUAAUGCUAUACUGGGAAAAUAGUCACAUUUUUAGGGGUAUACUUUACUAGGCUUUGCUUUAAGCUGAAUAAUUUGACCGGCCAGAAAUUCGGUAUGUCCUAGCCUGUGUUCCAGUCCACUACACCGAACGGUGUAGUGGACUGGAACACAGGCUAGGUAUGUCCGAGCUAAAAUUGAGUUGGCCGGUCACCUUGACCGGCAACCUUCCAGCCGUUAUUUCGCGCCCUGCAAGAGAAUGCUAAAUGUUAUUGAUUCGUACGGAAAAAAUAUAAACUAAUUAUAGGUCCUCGAAUCAAGACGGAGGACUCAUCAAUAUUUCUACAGUUUCUCACUUGAAUAAAUUUAUAUUUAUUUGCAUCUUCAACAAUCUGUUGUGCGUCGAUUUCUUUUUUUGACAGGUUGAUACCAGAGUCUCCUCGAUGGCUGUUAUUAAACGGUAAAGAAGAAGAAGCUAAAAUAGUUCUUGCCAAAAUUUCCAGAAUGAAUAAACGACCAUUACCAGAUGAUCUUGGACUGCAAAAACCUGUGAUACCUGAAACACGAGCAAGUUUUAGGCAAAUGUUUAGUAGCUGGGAAACUGCUAAGAAAAUCCUGAUUUGUUGGGAUUUAUGGUAUGACUACUCGGUGGUUUUUUUCUCCUUUUCUUGGUGCAUGGCAUUGUUAUUGCAUGACAAGUAAUUUGUAUAUGCAAACACAAUUAUGUCACUCUACAGUGUGUGUAAAAGAAACUGAACCCUUUCAAAUUCAAAUUAGCUAUAAGGUAUUGUAGUAAUUUGACAGCUCUAUAAUUGCUUUAAAAUAAUGGUUGGAUAAGAACACUCGGUCUUGUACUCAUGGGACAAAACUCAAAGAAAUAAAAAAUAGAAAAUUUAAAAGAAAUACAGUAUUCCUUGUGUUCUUACCCAACCAUUAAUUCAGGCAAUUAGAGCUGUCAAAUUACUACAAUACGUUAUAGCUAAUUUGAAUUUGAAAGGUUCGGUUUUGUUUUAUACACCCUGUAUACAAUUCGCUACUCUGAUUUAAUGGCCAUGCAUGCACUAACAAAGGCAUGAAUAACUUGAUCGGUACUGAAUGUAAUUUGUGCGGAAAUUGCAUUGCAUUGUUUUUUGUUUUGUCAAAUUACAGACCUUUUGAUUUGUUGUUUUCCCUAAUAGCCAAUCAGAGGCUUUGUUUACUAACAAGGCCCGCGAAUUUUUGAGCUUGUGGACGGUGCGAAAAUCGGAACAUUUUUGUGCAAUAAAAAGUGGCGAAUAAAAACUGGUCUCCAUGAACUCAUAAACUUUGACCAUCUGCAAUACAUACAAUUUAUACACGUAAAGCACAUUCAAUCGAUUUGCUAGUAGUAAAAAUAUCUUGCUCUCCUUUAAAUUUUCAUGCUUGUUGUUUAUAUAAAAUAGGUUAAUUUAAGAAACAAACACUGAAAUUAAAUGGAACACAGUGCACAAGUAACCCAUUACUUAAAGUAACAGAUACAUAAGCAAACUAGAGGGCGCUCGAAGACUGCGUACCGCGUCAGGGAAUUAGGAGGCCCACAAAGGGGUUAUGACCGACAGGCGACAUUCCUUAAAAAGAGGCGACAGACUAUCUAAAAAAGAGCGACAAACGACAGCUUCUGGACUGGGAAAAAGCGACAAAUUGCGAUUUGUGUUAUGGGUCAAAAGUGACAGCGACAUUUAUUGCAAUAAAACAAGCGAUAAAGCAGCUACAAACUUAGUGACAAACUUGUUGCACCCUUGGUGGGCCUCAAUUAGGUUAUGUGUCAUGCAUACUAUUGUACAAUGGGCUUAUUACGCAUCCAGUAAUGUCCACUAACGGCACUAAUUUCUGUGUUAAUACGUGCCAUGUUUGACUUAUUGUGCUGAUAGGCAUACACAGACAUACACAUAAAUACAUAAUCUUCUGGCGAAGGCAAUCAAAAAUUGACCAACGAUAUCCUGCUUCUUGCCGUGCCUUACAUGUUACGAUGAUCGAUUUCCCAUCAUGCAUAUUUCUCUUUUCUUCAGAGAUAAUAAGAAAUUGUUUAGCGUUGCUGUAUUUUAUCGCUAGGUUUGCCAACGCACUGGUUUACUAUGGUGUGUCUUAUGGUUCUGUUGAUCUUGGUGGGAAUAGAUAUCUGAAUUUUUUUUCCGUCUGUGUCGUUGAAAUACCUUCAAAUUUUGCUUUUAUUUGGUCAGCACACAGGUGAGUAGAGAGGACAUCUUAAGGCGGAUUUCCAGUCCUCGCACGAAGCUCCUCGCAACUCGCUGCGAGUGCUUGCAUCUAAUUAAAAUGAACUAUUUAGCAUUGUGAUUGGAUGAAAGUGCUCAUGCAUCACUUGCAGCGAGCUGCGAGGAGCUUCGUGCGAGGACUGGAAAUCCGCCUUAAGGGUGCUUUCGUUUGCAAUGUCAAUUAAGGGAUCAGAUCAGAAUUUCUGUCUGGAAAUCUGCCUGGUCAAAAUGUAUAUAAUUAUUUUCCCCAAAACAUAUUAUUUUCCUCGGGCCAACGGCGCGAAGCGCCGUUCCGGGCGUUAGUCUUGGGCGAGGGUACUAAUUCCACACGGCUGUUAACAUCAGGGAAAAGGAAAGCUGCUAACGGUUUCAAAAGUGGGGUAGUGGGUGGUCAUCAUAUACUGAUCUCAAAAUAUCGCGGACUGCCAUGCAGCUGUGGAAUGAGCCAACUGCGAAGACUUCAAGACAACAUAUGGUAAAGUCGUUUCAUACGAUGAGCUGUAAGGCGAUUUUUAAAUCUUACUUAAAUUUAAAGAAAUGAUGGAAGAAAUGUAAGAUGGGAAAUGAUGAAAUAUAAAUUAAGUUUGUUUGGUAUUUUUUUCGUAAACAUGUACGUUGUUUUCGGGUUUUCGACUUGCCUCCAAUAAAUGAUCCUAUUUUAUAAAAUGCUUAAAUAGAAUUAAAAAAAGUAAAAUUAUUUCCAAGAGCGAACUGUACGAUUUGAAUUGAUUUCGUUGCAACUAAUAAGAAGACCAAGUUAUAUAGUUAAUGUUAAGUAUAAUUUAUAUGAACAUUUUAUGAGGCAUCCAAAAUUGAAUUUUACCUUAAAUUGAAGCUUGUAUAAUGGAAAAUAACAUACCUACUUUAUAUAUUUUAGAAAUUGAUAGUUCUAUAGUUAAAAGUGUUAUGCUUCAUUUAUUUUUUUCUUCAUUUAAAAAUUUAAAAACAAAGAUCGUGUUGCCAUGGCUAACAUGAUGCGGUAGCGCGAGCCUGCGUUCAAUAUUGGCGUAUGUUAGAAUACUUCAUGUUAAAACAAUAGUUUAGGGAAGCAAAUGCGAGAGGUUGUUGCAUGCAUGUAUUUCUAGCUAAAACUUUACAAUCUUGCACAAUGUGGCCGUCGUCCCAUGAUUUACUGGGCCCGUGCCGGCGCAGAUCAUCCAAAUCAAAUAAUACCAAAAUAAUGAAAAUGUGUCAGCAACAUGACUGAUAACUGACAGGCAGAUUUUCUUUAACGCCUUCGUUUUUGGACUUGGUUGGAACGCUUUUGCCCUUGAGUCUAACGCCUUAGGUUAUCUUGAUUUAACUAUUAAACUUGACAAUUCAAUGGAUAAAGAUGUAUAGUGGUCCUUCCUUUCCUACAUUACCGGUCUUAAGUACGUUGACUCGAAUUAAUCGCUUCUUGCCUCGAAUUAGUCCCCCCUUCGAAUUACUUUCUCAACUAGUCGUAAUUUCUAAAGUCCUCUGCUCUUCUCUUCACCGUGUAGAAGCUUAACAUCACCAACGGUUAUAUCCGGAUCCCUGCCAGUCGAUUGACUAUGUCUAUCUCGUAGUGCUCUAAUGUACAAUGAUGACCGUCGUUUCCACAUUAUCUAUACUUAUACCGUUUUAGAUGCCAAAUUUACUAUACCAUUCCUUCGGCUUUAUCUUGUUCAAGAGUCAACAAUAACUUAUUUCAAUUCCGACAAUACUAGCUUCUUUCGGUUGUUUGAAGGUAAGGUGUGCGUUCACAAUGGCUUUCCUGAAAAAGUUCUUCAUGCGUCAAACCAUUCGCCGUCAACCAUCCGCCCUUCAUUAUCCCUUGCGAGUUUAAACUGCAAAUAGACUUUUCGCCGACCAAGGUAAUUAAUCGUUGGCCACUUGACUGUAUUUCAGAUUUUCAACCACUUUAUCUGCAAACCUUUGUCUGCAAACCUUUCCUGUUGUCACUAACAAUUUUAUCUCCAGACUUUAGUUUAGUUAUUCUUCUGUCAUGCAAUAAGUGGUUAAACCCCUAUGCUUACAAUUUUGGUUUUGUUUCCUUCAUGCAUCUGUGGAAAUCUAGUUAAUCUUGUUAUCAACUACAGAUCCAUUGAAUCUCCAGGCAACUUUGCACUUUCUUGGUCCUCAUUAAAAACCUGAAUUGUACGUCUUCUUACUGCAAAUCUUACCUUCGUAGUCGUCCCGUUUUUCUUCUUCCUGUUGUUGAAUUCGUUUCAGAAUCUCUCCUUCUUCAGCUUCAAUAACUUAUCUUUUCCCCUUGCUCUAUCACCGUCAAUCCCUUAUAAAAUUCUUCUGCUUCUUUCAACAAGCUCUAGCUACGUUCAUUUAGGUUGCCCAUUCACUGCCCGAAUCAAGAUCCAGAGACCGCCAAUUUCUUUCGUAUAUUGUGAUUUCACUGUAAAAUCGUGCUGGAAUCGUCACCAUUCUUUUGAGAGUAAAUGCACUUGAAACAAAUUAAAGCGGAUUUAGAACUGUACAGAAUUUCGUUUUUGAAACCGAAUAACCUCGCAGAACAUACUCGCUGUCUUCAUGAUUCAUCGGUCCCUUGUCACUAUUGGGCGCCAAUAUCAGACAGUAGUGGACGACUUGCCUGGACGAGAUGCAUAAUAAUCCACUUUUAAGUUUAUCUUUUGUGAUAAUGUGAGCGUCCAAUUUUAGGAAGCAUGAAUAAAUCGCUAUCCGAUGAAAUUAAAGCGUUAUUCAACCUUCCUGCAACCGCUCCCAGGGUUAAAAUUCCAGGGUUAACGCUAAUGCAUGGUCACCACUUGUAAAAACUGAUCCUGGAGGAUCCUGUACCACUAUAAAUCAUAGUCAUUUUUAUCUUAGAUUUGGUCGUAAAAAGUCUGUCAUUACUGCUAUGAUUAUUGCCUUAGUUGCAUCUGUUAUCGCAGCGGCAAUUCCGACAAACCAAAGUUCGGGUAAGCAAGUGAAGAUUAGUAAUAUAUACUUUGGCUCGAAUACAAAAAUGUAUGUAAUUUUGUUUUCUACUGUUGCCGAUGUCGGUUGCCAAACUCCCUAUUGCUAUAGGUAAUAAGUAAUAUACAUUUAUUCAUUUAUCAUGGUUUCGAGCGCAAUUUGGAUGAAACAUACACGUCGAGUCAGUUUUUCAAAGAGCAGCCAGCCUAUAUUACGUGUUAAUAUAUAUCUGAUAAUAUUGCUUUUACCUUUUUAUAACAUGGAAAAACUAACAAAGCUUUGUUAGUUUUUCCAUGUUAUAAAAAAGGUAAAAGCAAUAUUUUCCACCCGAACUCAACUUUUACUUUAUGUGGCGCGGCCGCUAUGUUUAACCUGAUUUCCCAGUUUAUAGGAUUUAUCGGAUUUGUUUUUGCAGCCAGUGUUGGUGGACGUGUUACAGUAGCCAUCAUUGCAAAAUUUUCCAUCAGCUUCUCCUUUUUUGGUGCCUAUUUGUGGUGCGUUGAGCUGUUUCCAACUGUAAUAAGGUAAAUAGUUAUGAACAGGGCCGUAACUAGACGCGGUAAUUGGGGAGGAUGCAUAUUCAUAAAUUCGUGUUUUCCCGACGGAUUUAUUUUGAAAGCGAUGGCUUUUACUGUAUGUGAACUUGAGUAUAUGAAUAUACAACCCCCCCCCCCCCAAUGAUCGCGUCUACUCACGGUCCUGGUUAUGAAUCUAUAUAAAUGUCGUUCUAAUACGCCAGAGCUAAUUAGAGUCAGUGAAGGUAUCUAGCCUGCCUCACUGCAGUCAUUUCCGCGUGCAAAAGGCGGGAGUUUGCCAUAGGUGGCGGAACGGUGGGUUCCAAAGAUUCUGAGAAAUUUAUAAAUAAAAGUUGGGCAAAUUUUGAGAAAAAAUUCAGGAAAGAUGAAAGAGAACGGGGUGGGUACGUGCAUAAAAAUAUCAAGCAGGAAAUAGUAAAUUUGUUCGGUCAGGAAAAUCCACUCCCCGGCCCGAAAGAAACUGUUUGGCCCGCCGCCACUGGUGUUUGCCACAGACUCUGUCCAGUUCUGGGUUCUCUGACCAAUUAUUUCUUUAGUUUUUACUUUAUUUUUAUUCUACAGGUCAACUGCUCUUUCUACAUCAUCGGCAAUGGCACGAAUUGGAUCCUUUUCUGCUAGUUAUAUAAUUUGGCUUGUAAGUUAAAUAGUUCAUUUUUAGAACUAUUUGUGCAAUAUUCGUUCAUUCUUUUAAGUACUAUAUCCAACACGAGUAAAAUUGUUCUGAUUUCUAACCUCUGAUUUCUAAAUACAGACAAGCAGGUUGAAAUACGAGGCGAAGCCGAGUUUUUUUAACCAGCUUGUCUGUACUUAGAAAUCAGAGGAAGAACAUUUGCGAGUGUUGGAUAUAACUUCUCAAACGAAAAUCGAGUUUAAUUAAAGUUGAUGAAAAACGGCUGUAAUCUUCCUCUUAUUUCUAAAUACAGAUUUAAUAUGCAUUUCUUUUGCAUUUCAUUUAUGAAUUAUUAAUGAGUUUGAGAACUGGUUGUCCACUUUAGAGGUCUUUAAGCAAAGUAAAACACCGAGCCAGUUUCGUAGUCAAAAUUAUUUUACUACUUUGAAGUUUGAAGAAAAGUACGAAGCUUCGCAACACGUUUCAUGAUGUUCGGGUCAUGAGGUGUAUUUCGUAUGAUUGUUUUCCGCAUACUGGUAAAUAAUUAAUGAGUUAUCGUGAUUGGUUGUUCAUGAAUUCUUAAGCAGAUUUAAAAUAUCUUUCCAGAUUCGCAUUCAUGCGGCACUGCCAUACAGCAUAAUGGGAGCAAUAUGUCUUCAAGCAGCUGUACUUGGAUUAUUCUUACCAGAGACAAAAGGUACACCAACCUUGGAGACCAUGGAUGACAUGAAAAAAGAUAAAGGAGUCGCUUUACUUGUGAAUGGCGACGGUAAAGCUGACAGCUAGGAAUGAGAAUGACAGGAACGAUAGUAGAACUCUAGCUGAUCAAAUUGCUGCAUGGGAAAGGCUUAGGCAAAAGAAUAAAAAUUCGGUAAUUUGCAUUUAAAGAUGACUCGCGAGGUUAAAUUUGUAUUGCAAUAUUUGAAAGAAUUGUCAAAUGGCUAGACCACUUAAUUUUCUUGAUAUUCUAUAUAGCUGUGCUCACAAUGAAGUCAUACAUCAAUUAAAUAGACAGGCGCCGAUAGUUAUAAUUAUUGUGUUUUUAGCCAAUAAA